UGAGCAUCAGGCAUCACAUGGCCUAGCAAGGUGGUGAGGGUAGCCUGCAGCACACGUGAUAACCGGUAUUGUCAACAUCCCAUCGAGGCCUUGUAUUCCGUAUAUAUUCUCGGUCACCCCCCUUCCUCUUCCACAAUGCCUGGUCCUCGUUCACUCGCAGAAAUGGCAUUCAGAGUCGUCAUGGCCAACGUUUCUGCGGUUUCCAGCCUCCCCGGCGUGCCCUUCGAGUACGCCCGCCGCGUACUCAAGGCCGUCAAGUCGGCCGAACAUCUUCGCCUGCUGGAGGUCAGUUGCGAAAGCGACGACCUCUACGCCAACGAAUGGCCAGAGCACUGGAAGCGGCUCAUCAAAGCCGACUUCCCGGCGCUCUCGGCCAAGCACAACUUUGUGCCCAAGGAUCCGAGAUCCUGGCACAAAGUUUACCAAAAAUACAAGAGGAUGGACGACGAGAUGGUCGCCGCCGCCACCGCGAAGCUGGAGCAGGACAUGGCCGCCAAGGCGGAGGAGGAGAACUCUCGCCGGGCCACCUUCCUGUCCGCGUCUCAAGGCAGGAAGCUGCAGCCCAAGGGCCGUCCCAAGGGCGACUUCCGUGACUUCGCGGCCGCACGUCCACGCCCCCCUCCGGUCAAGCAGCUGAGCGCCGUCCAAAAGGCCCGGCAAGAGAUGGCCCAAGAGGCGAAGCGUUUCAAGCUCGCCACACCGACUGGCCAAGUCAAGGUUCCAGCGGGUCAGCUCAAGAAAGCGCCCGCGGCCAUGGUCGAGGACGCGCGGAGAAGGAGCCAACCAUCCUUGCUCCCCCCGAGUCCCAAACAGAACGCGCCGCUGCCACCCAAACCGGCGAAGGCCGAACCUCGGGCAUACGUCGAGGUUCUCGAAUUCAGCGACGAUGAAGACAGCGGCGCUAAGGACGACGACCUUUUUGGCGACCGUGAGAUAGAGAAGCGGCCUCCCCCGCCUUCCCGACCAGCACCACAGAGGCCUAGCCAACCUCUUCGGACCGGCCUUCUUUCCGCGGCCCCGUCAAACAAGAAGACCCAAAUGCCGCCCCCUUCAUCUCGACUGCCCACAAAGAGCUCUAGCGCACCCACUCACCCCGCCCUCACGCCAAAGGUGUCUCCGACCGUGGCACCAACGAAAAGAAAGAGGGCAUCAGAUUCAGCACCGACGCCUCCUCCACGCGGAUCCCCGACAAGCCUGCCCGCUCCAGCAUCGGCCCCUGCACGCCCGAAACCGACCGGCAUUCCAUCAAACCUGGAGGUCGUUGACCGUCCGCCCACCGAGGCCAAUGCAGCCGACCUUCCACCUCAAUCCCGCGUAAUUCUAAAGCGAAAAGCGAAACCCCCCACACUGCUCCUGCCAUUCAAGCGGCCACGCCGUUCCUGAUUCCGGUUGCUGUCCACGCUCGGCAUACGCAAAGAAGCUAGAAUCACCGGCGACCGCAGUGCAACGGCAGCAUACUAGACGACAAGGCGGCC